AUGUGGGCGCAUUUGUUGUUGUAUUUAUUCUUAGUGCAAUUGCUGAUAAGUCCUGUUCUGGCACGAAUAAGAAUGCGAGGAAAUUCGAAGGCAAGACUAAGUAGCAGCUGGAAUUCGAACAGAGGAGGCACGAGCUCUUAUUCUGCCACAGACGGUUCACACGGAAGCACGUUCAGAAACGCACUAAUUGGAGGAGCACUGGGAGCUGCCGGCGGCAUACUCGCAGUUGAGGCAGGCAAAGCGAUUUUCCAUUCAAGGGCAGAUCCUAUGCACCACGUUAGAAGUGAUAAUAGGAGACACUGCUCGAUGUUAUUAAAAGAGGAAGUACGGAACAACAGUCGCCCACAUCAGAUAAUCUGGACCUGUCAUCGUAACGAGGUUUGCUGUGGACAGGAUUGCUGCUCUGUGAUCAGUCAAGAAAAUAAUGGAAAUGACAGGAUUCUAACGAUUAUUGUUCUUGGGGUUAUCUUCGUGAUUCUUACGGCUCUUUUUGUUGGAUAUUGUGUCUACAAACUAAAUAGGGAGGAGUGCAUAGACAUCGAUGAUCCUGCCAGAUAUAAAAACUACUCAUACUCCGACUAUCCCAAUGAUCGAGACUUUAGAAGGAACAAUAAUGGUUUUUGCAACGCCACUUACCCCUCCGCAGCAUACCCCAAUGGAGAUUAUGCUGAGAAAAACCCCAACUAUUAUCUUCCUGGAUACCCACCUCCUUAUCCACCAGCGUAUCCAACGAGCUAUCCUCUGAACAGUCUGACAACUGAAACAACCCAACAAACUCCAUCAGUUCAUAACCAAAAGGAGCCACAGAAAGAGAACGGUGAAACAAGCUCUCAGAGCAAAUCUUGA